GCACAAAGUUUAAAUCAAACUAAACCGUGGGUGUCAGUCGUGUGUGCGUGUUUUAGCACUUGGACGGUAAUAAAAAAAAAAAAAAAAAAUUGGUACGCUAAUUUUAUUUUUUUUCCUCAAAAAAAAAAAGAACAAAAAAAUCGAAUGUUUCUUAUGAAACUAUAGUGAAAAUUGUGAAUUUGUGAUUCGAAGCGAUUUUUCAAUUGGGCGAAAUUUUUGGCUGUUGCUCAAAUGAUGUUUUACAACACGGUUGCAGUGCUGCUGCUUCUUUCACAAAGUGCAUCAGCAACUGAAUCAACAACACAUGUAAUCACUCCAACAGCUUCGCCGUCGGUAGCCAGUACGCUUGGCGCACUCUAUCGUCAAGCACGUUCGGACCAGUAUAAUUACGCCAGUAGAUAUAGCAAUGACAAUGCCCCACAGACUUCCGGCAUUGUUGGCAUUAGGUCGGAUGGAAUUGAACAUCGCGAUGCUGCUUACUAUGAAUCUCGUUGUAUCACCUGCGACCCCAACAAAUCUGCCACAGCGGAUCGAGGGAACUAUAAUUGGAGAUUGAGGCAAAGACCUAAAAACGAUUAUUACGAAGAUGAACCAGAGGAUCGAAGAUAUCGAGAUCGUUACGACUAUUAUGACAGAGCAAGAACUCAAAAUACGGAUUACGAUCGUUAUGAUCCAUAUCAAAGGAAUGAUUUGCUGCGGCCGCUUUACUAUAAUGAUAGGUAUGACACACCAAAUGAUCGUUAUGGAUAUUACGAUCGAGGAUCAGGAUCAGGAUCAGAUCGUCCAUACGACCCACGUCUUUUUUAUGAACGCCCCUAUGAACGUCCUUCUUACGAACGCAAUUACGAACGUGGAAAUGGCUACGACAAUUUAGAUACACGUUAUCCGUCUGAUGAUCGAAACGAUCGUUACAAUAUUAGACGACCAACAGACGAUGCUUACGAUAGCAGAUAUGAUAGAUAUUAUCGUUAUUAUAUGAGUAAAUACGAUCGCAAUGAUCCUUACGAGAGGAGUGGAUGGCGAAGACCAUAUGAUGACCGAUACGAUAGAUAUGGAGGUAGAGAUCCAGCGAAUUCCCGAGGCUACUACUCUUCCGGAAGUUGGUCACCAGGAUACGAUAGAGGAUAUGCCAGUGGUUGGAACUACUCCGGAAGCCGAGAUAGCUGGCGAGAUAGUAACCGAGAUCGUGAUCGUGACCGAGAAGGGUUCUAUCGACCCAGAGAUUAUUUUUAUGACAGCACUGCAGCACCAGGAGGAUCUCGAGGUACCAGCUAUAUCUAUGAUCGACCAGAAUCAUCAACGAAACCAGAUUCAAGUGAUCGUGACAAACCGACAAGUUCGCCACUAACGCAAGAUAACAAAAAUUACAAAGAUUAAAAUGAACUUGUUGCACUAGUUACUUCAAGAGCAAUUUUUUUUUCUUGUCUGUAAAAAUUUUUCCAAAUUCCAAAUGUAGUACAAUUUAAUAUUUUCACUAUGAGUGCAUGCAUAAUUACAUUUUCUUUUCGUUAUAAAGUUUUAAAUAAUACUGACAAGCUCAACGAAAAAAAAGACAAUUAUUUAUCACUGCCGUACUUAAUUUUUCAUACUCUCCACGAGAAAAAACAGUAUUAACCCAAAAAAGGGAAAAUUCAGUAAUAAUUCCAGAAAUAGAGAUAAUAAAUAAAACUCUCAAAUAAGUUCAAGAUUUAUUUUUUAAUAUCAUUUCAUAAAUUUCAGGUCCGUCAAUUUUUAAAACUGUGAAAUAUAAGUGUUCGCUUCAAUAGAUACGACAGGUGACGGAUUACAAUUUUUUUUUUACAUUUUAUUUACUGGAAAAUGGGAAAAUAGCAUCGAGAGUUAAAAUUUAAAACAAAUUUUUUAUCAUAUUAAAUGCCGAAAUGCACAAAGUUAGUUUUUAUUUUUUGAAUACUCGCUUAUUUGUAUAAUAAAUCGAUUCUCCGUGAUUUGGAGAUUCUGCCUGACCAAAACCUCGCUUAUCUACUGAAGCGGACUAUACAUAGAUUUGGUCAGACGGUAUCAUUCUCUGAUCUCUACGCGUUUAUUUUCAUUAACUCAGUUAUUCAUGACACAUUUGCGCAAUUACUGUAAUUUAUAAUAUUAAUCGUAGAAACUAGUAAUUUAGUUUUAUACACUCGAUUCAAUUACGUUAAGCGUUAGUUUAUAAUUGAUAAUAAAUAAAUAAGGUUAAUUUCACAUUUGUCUGAUGACUUCAAAAUGUUUUUGUAAAAUCAACAUUUUUAUAAUAAUAUUUCACAUAUACAUAUUGUAGCAUUUACAUUUUCUAUGUAAUUUUACUA